AUGAAGCUCUUAUCAGCCACCGCCCUGCUUCUCGCCUCUCCGCUUGUUUCAGCGGCGUCCUUCCCAGCACUCUUUGACCCCUCGCAGGCAACAAUCCGCAUCGAGGAUGCUGAAAAGUUCCCAGUCAAGGGUGAUAAUCCGCUGGAGUAUUGCGAGGAUCCCUUGACUCAUCUCCUCACUAUCGACUCGGUCAACCUGACUCCCAACCCUCCUAAGCCCGGACAAACCCUCACUAUUGAGGCCUCGGGUACUUUCCACGAAACGAUCACAAAGGGUGCUACCGUGAACCUGGAGGUCAAAUGGGGCGUCAUUACCUUGGUGAAGCAAACCGUCGACUUGUGUGAGCAGAUCGAAAAUGUCGAUUUGAAGUGCCCUCUCGAGAAGGGCAAGAUGGUCUUGACGAAGAACGUGGACCUGCCCAAGCAAAUCCCCCCGGGCAAAUACUCUGUCCUGGCCGAUGUCUAUACUGAGGACUCAAGGAAGGUCACUUGCCUGAAGGCCGACAACAUCGAGUUCAAGAUCCACUUCUAA